AUGUCACGAAUAGGGAGAUUCAAUUUAGUCGUUUUGUCUGGCUCUGCGAAGCCCAGCGCAAGCAUUGGACAAACGUUGGGGCCUCUAGGAAUAAAUAUGAUGACUUUUUUUAAAGAGUUUAAUGAGAGAACGAAAAACAUUUCGAAAAAUGUGCCGAUUCAGGUGACUCUGGAACCGCUGAAUGACAGAACGUACAGAUUUUAUCUGAGAACCCCAACGGUCGUCUGGUUUAUCCGACGAUGUGCUAGAGUGCCCAUGUUCAGUCCCACAGCGAAGCAUCACACUGUCGGAUCGAUUACCUUAGCGGAGGUUUUCCACAUUGCCAAGUGCAAGCGAAUGGACCCCCCAUUGAUAAAUCUAUCCCUCAAAAGUAUUUGCAAGUAUAUAAUCGGCACCUGUAAUAGUAUGGGCAUAAAGGUUUGCAGAGAACUGGACGACGAAGGUAAGAAGAAGUACUUCGUAGAUGUUAACCAGCUGGACAAUAUAAAAAAGGAUAUAAGGACUCGGAACAAGCAUCAGAAGAGGUCCAAAAAAUGA